AUGUUUUCAGUCUUUGCUUCUCUCCAGGCAAAACCAAAAAAGACCAAAUUUGGUCCUCUGAGCGAUGAAGACCGGAUAUUCACCAACCUGUAUGGCCGACAUGACUGGAGACUCAAAGGAGCCCUGAAAAGAGGAGACUGGUACAAGACGAAGGAGAUCCUGCUGAAGGGACAGGACUGGAUCCUGAACGAGGUGAAGAUCUCGGGACUUCGGGGCAGAGGGGGCGCCGGCUUCCCUACCGGCAUGAAGUGGAGUUUUAUGAAUAAACCCAGUGACGGAAGGCCGAAGUACCUGGUGGUUAAUGCUGACGAGGGCGAGCCUGGAACCUGUAAAGACCGCGAGAUCAUGCGUCACGACCCCCACAAGCUGAUCGAGGGCUGCCUGGUGGCCGGCAGAGCCAUGGGCGCUCGAGCUGCGUACAUCUACAUCAGAGGAGAGUUUUAUAACGAGUCCUCCAACCUGCAGGUGGCUAUCAAUGAGGCGUACAAAGCCAGGCUGAUAGGAAAGAACGCCUGCGGCGCCGGCUUUGAUUUCGACGUGUUUGUGAUGCGAGGAGCCGGAGCGUACAUCUGCGGAGAGGAGACGGCCCUCAUCGAGUCUCUGGAAGGCAAGCAGGGGAAACCCCGCCUCAAGCCGCCUUUCCCCGCAGACAUAGGGGUGUUUGGAUGCCCGACAACAGUGUCCAACGUGGAGACGGUUGCCGUGGCGCCCGCGAUCUGCCGGCGGGGCGGGGCUUGGUUCGCCGGCUUCGGGAGGGAGAGGAACUCCGGGACCAAGCUCUUCAACAUCUCCGGUCACGUGAACAAGCCGUGCACGGUGGAGGAAGAGAUGUCCGUUCCCCUGAGAGAGCUAAUAGAGAGGCACGCAGGAGGAGUGAGGGGCGGCUGGGACAAUCUAUUAGGAGUAAUCCCAGGGGGGUCCUCCACUCCCAUCAUCCCCCGGCACGUGUGCGAUGACGUUCUGAUGGAUUUCGAUGACCUGGUCCGAGCGGAGACCGCCCUGGGAACCGCAGCCGUCAUAGUCAUGGAUAAAUCCACUGAUGUGAUCCGAGCCAUUGCACGUCUGGUUGAGUUCUAUAAACAUGAAAGCUGUGGCCAGUGCACCCCCUGCAGGGAAGGGGUGGACUGGAUGGACAGUAUGAUGUGGAGGUUUGUUCGAGGCGACGCGGCCGUUUCAGAGAUCGACAUGAUUUGGGAGCUCAGCAAGCAGAUUGAGGGUCACACCAUUUGUGCUCUGGGGGACGGAGCCGCCUGGCCAGUGCAGGGUCUGAUCCGACACUUCCGGCCAGUCAUGGAGAAUCGCAUCGCCGCGUACAACAAGACCAAUCCCCCCAGAGAGCCGGAAAUCGAAAUGGUCUGAAGCUGU